AUCACCACCAGCACUGCUUCUACCAGUGCAUCCUUAUCAUUGGUGAUAAGCCCUAGCUAGCUAGCAGCUGGAGAGCUAGUGAGUGAGCUCAACGAGCUUUGGUAACGCAGGCAUGGACGAGCUCUACGUCCAGUCGCUGGUGCUGGCGGCCGUGGCGGUGGCCCUGCUGCAGGUGCUGAAGGUGUACCUGAACCCGGUGCGGGAGAGGGCACCGCCGGGGCCGUGGAAGCUGCCGGUGAUCGGCAGCAUGCACCACCUGCUGAACGUGCUGCCGCACCGCAAGCUGCGGGACCUGGCGGACGCGCACGGCCCGCUCAUGAUGCUGCAGCUCGGCCAGACGCCGCUGCUGGUGGUGUCGUCCAAGGAGACGGCGCGGCUGGUGCUCAAGACCCACGACACCAACUUCGCCACCCGCCCCAAGCUCCUCGCCGGCGAGAUCGUCGGCUACGAGUGGGCCGACAUCCUCUUCUCCCCCUCCGGCGACUACUGGCGCAAGCUCCGCCAGCUCUGCGCCGCCGAGAUCCUCAGCCCCAAGCGCGUGCUCUCCUUCCGCCACAUCAGGGAGGACGAGGUGAUGAUGCGGGUGGAGCAGAUCCGCGAGGCUGGGCCGUCGACGCCGGUGAACCUGAGCGUCAUGUUCCACAGCGUCACCAACAGCAUCGUGGCGCGGGCGGCGUUCGGGAAGAAGCGGAAGAACGCGGCCGAGUUCAUGGCCGCCAUCAAGUCCGGCGUGGGCCUGGCGAGCGGCUUCAACAUCCCCGACCUCUUCCCGACGUGGACCACCAUGCUCGCCACCAUCACCGGCAUGAAGCGCAGCCUCCAGGGCAUCUACACCACGGUGGACGCCAUCCUGGAGGAGAUCAUCGCCGAGAGGAAGGCCGCCCGCGCCGAGAAGAUCAAGAACGGCGCCACCGAGAACGUGGACGAGAACCUGGUGGACGUGCUCAUCGGGCUGCAGGAGAAGGGCGGCUUCGGGUUCCACCUGGACGACAGCAGGAUGAAGGCCAUCAUCCUCGACAUGUUCGCGGGCGGCACGGGCACGUCGGCGUCGGCGAUGGAGUGGGGGAUGUCGGAGCUGAUGCGCAACCCGCGGGUUAUGAAGAAGCUGCAGACCCAGAUCCGGGAGGCGUUCAAGGGGAAGGCGGCCGUGACGGAGGCCGACCUGCAGGCGAGCAACCUGCAGUACCUGAAGCUGGUGAUCAAGGAGGCGCUCCGGUUGCACCCGCCGGCGCCGCUGCUGGUGCCUCGGGAGAGCAUCGACCAGUGCGACAUGGAAGGGUACACCGUCCCGGCCAAGUCGCGCGUGGUCAUCAACGCGUGGGCCAUCGGGCGGGACCCCAAGUACUGGGAGGCUGCCGAGGAGUUCCGGCCGGAGCGGUUCGAGGACGGCGCCGUGGACUUCACCGGCAGCAGCUACGAGUUCCUCCCGUUCGGCGCCGGGCGCAGGAUGUGCCCGGGCUUCAACUACGGGCUGGCCAGCAUGGAGCUCGCCCUCGUCGGCCUCCUCUACCACUUCGACUGGUCGCUGCCCGAGGGCGUGGCCGAGGUCGACAUGGAGGAGGCCCCCGGCCUCGGCGUGCGCCGCCGCACCCCGCUGAUGCUCCUCGCCACCCCCUUCGUCCCGGCCGCCGUCGCGUAGCCACGUUUGGCUGUAUCCAUGCAUGCAUGCAUACGCAUGCUGGCUUCGUACCGACCUAUCAUGAUGCAUGCACCCAAUGUGUGUGUGUGUCCGUCGGUCCGUGCCCAUCUACUACCAUCUACCACCCACGCGCGCUGUAGCAGCAGUAGGGUCUCGUACGUGUGCUCCCCGCCUCGGCCGCCUGCGUGCGCGCGUGUGUGUUGUAUCAUUGAGUACGUUGCUUGUGUUGAUGUGUGUGGUGUACGUGCGUCACGUGCAGUAUAACCAUGGAGGCCCUAAUAAUUGAUGCCGAUCGUUCUGGCCGUACUGUAUCUGCGUGAAUGAUUAGAUUGUUGUUACUCCCAUAUGGGAGUACGUAAGUACUACU